CGUCACUACGUUGUAUAAAUUAAUUAGCGGGCCGGGGCUUGGGGCUUAUAUCUGCUUAACGUACAAUUCCGUCAUCGAUGGCGGUGAAAAUGGUAUUUCAGAUCAUGAUUGUGCUCUUGUGUUCGAUUGAUGCAAUAUUAUUUGUACAAACAGCGGGUUUAGCAAAUAAUAGUACUUCAUGUCAAGCAAGCUGUGGGGAUGUUAGCAAUAUCCCAUACCCUUUUGGAAUAGGAGGAGCUGGUUGCUACGUUGAUGACUGGUUUGAAGUAGUUUGCGAUGACUCUUUCAGCCCUCCCAAACCUUUCUUGCGGAGCCUCAACCUGGAGGUGCUCAACAUUUCAAUAGGAGGAGGCACAGUUCACGUCAACUAUCCGACAUUUUCUUCUUGUACUGGUGGUGAUCAAAUCAGCAAACCAAAUGUGGAGUUCUCAAAAAGCCCUUUCAUCUUCUCCCAGUCCGACAACAGAUUCGUCGCCAUCGGUUGCGACAACCUUGCUUCAAUUGUGUCCGAAAACACUUCAGUUAUAAUUGGUGGGUGCAUGUCAUUUUGUGGCACUGAUAAAGCGAUGGAUGCAAGCAGUUGCAAUGGCAUUAACUGCUGCGAAACCACAAUUCCUUCACAGCUCCUUGUGUUCAGUACAAAAAUUGGCCAAAUAAAUACGAACCCUGUUGCUUACGGUAUGAUCACUGCGGACAAAGGAUGCAAGUCUGCAUUUUUGGUAGAACAAAAGUGGUUCAAGGCCGAUUACCCAUACAAAGAUGUGUCAUCCAAAAUGUCGCAAGUUCCUGUGGUGUUGGAAUGGGGGAUUCUUAAUACAUCAUUCAACUCUCUUCCAAUAACCAAUAAUGGCUCCACCUCAAACUAUAAUUGUGCUACUAACCGGACCUCAACUGUUACAUGUUCUUGCAAUGGCGGCUUUGCAGGAAAUCCCUAUCUUCUUGGAGGAUGUCAAGAUAUUAACGAAUGCGAGCGCCUACCAUCACCUUGUCUCAAUAAUGGAUCUGGGAGUGUAACAUGUGAAAAUACUUAUGGGUCUUACAAUUGCCUGGUAGUUAACCCCAAACCUCAGAUUGGAGCGGCUACGAUAGGUAUUAGCAGCAGUCUUGGGCUAUUGGUUUUACUUAUUGGUGGAUGGUGGUCUUACAAAGUGGUAAAGGAAAGGAGGAUGAUUGCACAGAAGAAAAAGUUCUUCAAACGAAAUGGUGGUUUAUUGUUACAACAACAAUUAUCUUCACAUGAAGCCAAUGUUGAGAACAUCAAACUGAUUAAUUCAAAAGAUUUGGAGAAGGCCACUGACAAUUAUAAUGCAAAUAGAAUACUUGGUCAAGGAGGACAAGGCACUGUUUACAAAGGCAUGUUAGCAGAAGGAAGAAUUGUUGCAGUGAAAAAAUCCAAGGCAAUUGAUGAAGGAAAACAACUCGAAGAAUUCGUCAACGAAGUUGUCAUUCUUUCACAACUUAACCACAGAAAUGUGGUUAAGCUAAUUGCUUGUUGUUUGGAGACAGAAGUUCCUAUGCUAGUUUAUGAAUAUGUUCCUAAUGGAACUCUUUCUCAAUAUGUCAAUGGCCAAACUGAGGAGUUUCCAUUAACGUGGGAUAUGCGCUUACGAAUUGCAACAGAAGUUGCCGGAGCUCUCUUCUACUUACACUCAGCAGCUUCCACGCCCAUUUACCACAUGGACAUUAAGUCUACGAACAUACUCUUAGAUGAUAAGUACAGAGCUAAAGUAGCUGACUUUGGGACUUCAAGAUCCAUCGCUGUUGAUCAAACUCACCUAACCACACAAGUACAUGGCACUUUUGGAUAUUUGGACCCUGAGUAUUUUCAGUCAAGUCAGUUUACAGAAAAGAGUGAUGUUUAUAGUUUCGGUGUUGUCCUUGCUGAGCUGUUAACUGGCGAAAAAGCUAUCUCUUCAACAAGGACACAAGAACCUAGAAGUUUAGCUAUAUAUUUCAUUCAAUCGGUGGAGGAGAACAAUUUGUUUGAAAUUAUUGAUAGUCGAGUUUUGAAGGAGGGUAAGAAGGAAGAGAUCAUUGCAGUCGCGAACCUUGCGAAAAGGUGCUUGAGCUUAAAUGGAAAGAAACGACCUACAAUGAAGGAAGUCGCAAUGGAAUUGGAGGCAAUUCAAAUGUUGCAAAAAGCUGCUAACCUUCAACAAGAUGAAGAGCUUGAAUAUGACCAAGUUGAAAUGUACAAGCUAGGGGAUGCUCUUCCCCCAUCAACAAUGUCAACCUCAUCUAUGGAUGCCCAACCAUUAUUAGCUUUUCAAUCGGUAUGAAUCGUACGUUAUUUGUUUAAUGUAAUGUUGUAUGCUACAUAUAUAAUUUGCUGUUUUGGUUGUAUUCUACCAGUAAU